AUGACCACUAUAAUUUUCUCUAUCCCUCCUGCCUUGUUAAAUCUAGGUGGGUUCUUCUCCAGUCUAUUUUCUGGCCUGUUUGGCACCAGGGAAAUAAGGAUACAGAUCCUGGGGUUGGAUGGAGCUGGGAAAACUACAAUCCUUAACAGACUUCAAGUUGGGGAGGUCGUCACCACUAUUCCUAGUAUUCUCAGUGCUGAGUAACAUACUCAAACUGACGCUCUAACUUUGCAUGCCAAUACAAUGGUAUGUCUUGCAACAGAUAUAUUUGUCACUGAAAUGGUUCAAGCUAAGAAUAACAUACAGUACAAAGAGUUAUGAUUCACUUACAGUACUUGACAUUUGUUGACUCUCCACUCUUUUUUUUCCCCCAGCCAUUGGCGUCAAUGUGGAAACGGUAACAUACAAGAAUCUGACAUUCCAGGUGUGGGAUCUUGUAGGGCAGACCAGUAUUAGGUAUUAAGACAUUCCUGACUUCAACUUAUUUAUUGUAGCAUAUGUCUCACACAUCUGAAGAUUGCAGCUGUCAGCAGUCAGUUUGUCAAGAGUCAACCAACCAAUGUAUUGGUUACACUAAAUGUUUCUUCUUGCAUCUCUCUCUGUUUCAGGCCUUACUGGCGCUGCUACUACUCCAACACUGAUGCUGUUAUCUAUGUAGUGGACAGCAGUGACCAGGACAGGAUGGGAAUUUCCAAGUCUGAACUGGUGGCUAUGCUUGAGGUAUGA